AUGUUUUUCAGGGUCAACCGUGGUUUUGAGGAGCAGUUGUGUCUGUAUGAGGCCAUGAAGUGUGAAGUGGACACCUCCAGUAGUUUGUACAAACAGUACAGACUGACCAAGAUUACAGAGAAGUACCCUGAGUUGCAGCACGUUCCCAGGGAGCUGUUCGCUGUUGACCCCGCCCACUCCAGCUCCUCUGAAGUGUCCUAUCGCUGCAGGAAGUGCAGACGAACUCUGUUUCGUGGCUCCAGUAUUCUCAGUCACCCAGUAGGAGAAGGAGCGCAAGCCUUUGGUCACAAGAAGUCCAGUAACCUCACUGGUAAGGACACAACCCUACAGUUUGCAGCCCAGAGGAUUUCCAGCUAA